UUCCCUGCUCCUGCCCUCAGCCAUAUUGAAAGUGCAGUUUCCGAGUUUGGCUGCCCGGGAAAGUGGCGAAACAACUUCCAUCUGACGCUUUUUUUUUUGAAUUCGGAGUUUCGCCCGUCGGAGAUUGUGGCGUCGCGUCUACGGCCGUCGAUCGGCGUUUGAAAGAUGGUAGACCGCUUGGCGAACAGUGAGGCCAACUCUAAGCGCAUCGGAGUCGUGGAAGCAUGCUUUGGCACCGCAGGUCAACCGCUGGCCAUCCCAGGUCGAGUGCUGAUCGGAGAGGGCGUUCUGACAAAGUUAUGUCGCAAAAGACCCAAAGCCCGGCAGUUCUUCCUCUUCAACGACAUCCUGGUGUACGGCAACAUCGUCAUCCAGAAGAAGAAGUACAAUAAGCAGCACAUCAUCCCUCUGGAGAGCGUCACCAUAGACACGGUAGAAGACGAGGGCGACCUGCGCAACGGCUGGCUCAUUAAAACGCCUACCAAAUCCUUCGCCGUCUACGCCGCCACGGCAACGGAGAAGUCCGAGUGGAUGAGCCACAUCAGCAAGUGCGUCUCGGAUCUGCUGGAAAAAAGCGGGAAAUCUCCCACCGGCGAGCACGCGGCCGUCUGGGUGCCCGACUCGGAGGCGACAGUGUGCAUGCGCUGCCAGAAGAUGAAAUUCACCCCGGUCAACCGCCGCCACCACUGCCGGAAAUGCGGCUUUGUCGUGUGCGGCCCGUGUUCAGAGAAGAAGUUCCUGCUUCCCAGUCAGUCAUCCAAACCGGUGCGGGUGUGCGAGUUCUGUUACAAGCAGCUCUCCACGGGCGGCACCCUCCCGUCCCGCUCAGACUCCUACAGCCGCUCGGAGCUCAACAAUAUCUCAGACGACGACGACGACGACGACAGCAGUGACUGAGGCUUACUCUUAGGAAUAUUGACAAUCUACAGAUCAUAUCCCAUUAUUUUAGUCUAAUUUUCAUUCAGGGUUCGCAGAGAUUCCUGUGGCAAUAACACUUUCCCAAAACGAUAAAAGCCCCCUGUGCAUAUGAACAUAAGGUUUGAUGGGAACCGUUCCUGCGUAUUAAUGAACACUACUUGUCGGCUCGCUCUGCUUUCACAUUGAAGUCACUCUCGUAGUCCAUUUUAAACUCUUUCAUAUAAAUGCAUUUCUUGGCAAUGGUGCUCUUUCAUCUUCUUUCUCCCCCUUCAUUGCUUUUAGCCACCGCAUUCUUACUGAGAGAUGCUGCUAUUGGCUGAAGGAAGAGUAUGUUGUGUAAUGUGAUUGCGGGCUGUUCCUAGGCAUACGCUCCCUCAGGUGAAACCGUGUAGUGCAUUAUAACUAGGUUUUAAACAAGGAACCGCAUUGAAUGCUCUGAACAGCUAACCACUAACAAACCGAGUAAGUGUGCAUCGAACAGGUGAAGGUCUUCUGUUUUUCACUUUGCUCAGUUCUAGUAAUUGCAAACGACAAAUCAGAAAGACGCUACAAAGUGUAUAUAAUGCGUGUAUAUAACGCUGGGGUGUAGUAAGUCGUAGAAAAUUCGUCUGACAAGGUCGUCGCUGCCUUAGUGCCUUCUUAUUUGUCCUCAGGAUCCUCGAAACUAUUUAUGACUUGGGCUGAUUUCUUCACUUUGAGACACCUGCCUUCGUUUGAUGGCACAUCACGUGACUUGUUUUGUUCAGAGGUGCACAGGUACCCCCGUUUUUUAUUCGUAUGACUGUAGCUAUGAUUAAAACUAGACUGACAGUUUCAGUUGUGGACAGUCCAGUCCGAAUAGCUUUUGGACAUUCCCACGAAUCGAGUAUUUUGUGACAUCUUGCAUCUGUAGCCCACAUGCCCUAAACUAUGUUGGCAUGUCUCUCCAGCCCUGAUUUCAGCUCUAUACAUACAGCCACAUUAGCAUGCAGCCCACAGGAAUCACAUGACACCAAGGCAAAGGAUGUGCUAUACAUUGCCCCCUCUCUCUUUGGGGUCUUUGUGUUCGAGAAGUCACAUGUUGGCCCUUAACAGUCGAUCCUACACGUUUUGAACGGGAAUCGAAAGCAUUAUGAGGAAGCUACCGCCUGUGACACAGCCACCUUUUGUUUUUUUUUUUUAGUUUGUCUUUUAUGGCUGUUCAACACAAGAAAAACUGCACUAACAGCUUUCCAAAGUGUUGUGUUGUUUUAAGAAAUGACUCUGGACACUUUAGAGAGAUACAGUAGUAUAUUUCAUCAGCGAUCUUCCAGGUUUACAGUGGUUUUUACUUCUACACAAGUUGGCAGGUGGGAGAAUCAUGAGAACUGUGUCUCAGUACCGAAUACUUGAUCACCUGUGAAGACGGCAUAUUUAGUUUGUCAGAAUAACAAAACUGACGUUGAAAAGGGAUAUCUAAUGAACCUAACUCAGCCUGCUCAGACCGUCUAGUUUAUAUGCAAUGACAGAUACACUUAAGUCAAAAGUUUUUUUUUUUUUUUUUUUUACACAUUUAUGUGAGACUUAUUUGAGAUUUAGAAAUAGGUUUUUGGAAUAUAACGUUAGAUUCCAGGAUAGUUAUGGUUGGCUUUAUAUUUGAUUUAAUGAAUUGUUUUAAUUGUUCCAAAUCUAACCUGAGAUCAUUUGUUUUAAUUUUACUUGUGUUGUAAUAUUCUGAGAUGAUUUUGGUUUUGCAUGUUGUAAACUUGUGUACAGUGUUUUUUUUUUUUUUUAUAUUUUCUUAGUUGGGCUUGCUGCUUUUUGUUUUUUCUUCAUAGCGUUUCCGUGUGGUUCAUGUGUGCGUUUCCUGAACACCUCUGGAUCAGCUACCAGCACUUUACUCUCUCUGCAAACCACAAGAGAGGGGUGGGGCCUGGUUGGGGAGGGGCUUGGGAAGAAUGUGGGCGGGGACUACACGUCUUUAAUAUGACCUGCAAACACAACAGAAUAGAUCUGAGUAGAGGAUAAACAGGAUUGGCAUUCGUUUUCUUUUGUAAUUUCUUGAACAUUGUAAUUUAUGAUUCCCUUGUUUUUGGAUGGAUUUUGGGGAUUUUCUGUUUCUCGUACAUUUUUUAGUUCUCAUGUAAAACUCUGAAAGGGCUGAAAACUGAAUGUAAUCCAUCAUAUCAUCAUUAUUAGAUACUAAUUUUGAGAAAAAUAUAUGCAUUGCUUAAA